GCCGAAUGAUGGCUACAGCGCGGUUGUCCAGUUCUGGGAGGGUGUCAUAUGACAUCCUCUCAGAAUGCACCCACCCGCGCCCCCGGGAGCAGCGCACCCAGCGAUCUCCGCAAUGGACACAGCUGAUCAUGUGCCAUCAGUGUCCAUCAGUGCUGCCUAUCAGUGCCCAUCAUUGUUGCCUAUAAGUGCCACCUCAUCAGUGCCAGCUCAGUGCCGCCUAUCCGUGCCCAUCAGUGCUGCCUAUCCGUGCCACCUCAUCAGUGCAGCCUAUCAGUGCCCAUCAGUGCAGCCUCAUCAAUGCACAUCAGGGAAGGAGAAAAAAUUACCUGUUUGCAAAAUUGUAUAA